AUGCAAUUCAUAAAUAAUAGCUUGGCAAAUCUUAUAAAAAAUUUGGGUACCAACUAUCCUAUUACAAGUCAGCACUUUAAAGACUAUUUUUUAGAUCAAAUUUCACUAGCAAGUUGUAAAAGAGUUUAUUCUUAUAAGUAUAUCAAUUUACAGAAUAGAUUUUUAGAGACUGGGCUUUUUCCUAUUCAUGAGUUUCAUAGUAUUUUUAAAGACAAAAUUUCACAAGAUAACUAUCAUUAUGCCCAAAAAGUAUGGAAAACUUUUAGUUGUAAGACUCUAGAAGAGUAUCAUAAUCUCUAUCUUAAGAUUGAUGUACUUAGUUUUGCAGAUAUUUGGACUCAAUUCCAAAUAACAUGUAUGCAGUAUUAUGAGCUUGAUUCUAGCCAUUAUGUUUUAGUACCUGCACUAGCUUGGGAUGCUAUAUUUAAAAUAAUAGAAGUUAAAAUCGAGCUCUUUACAGAUAUGUCUAUGCAUGAUUUUAUAGAAGAUACUAAACAUGAAAGUAUAGUUAUAGCUAGUUAUCGAUAUUUUAAAGCUAAUAAUCCCAAAAUGAAUAAGGCCUUUAACCCAUCAAAACCAACAACAUGA